AUGGAAGCUGUUGUCAAGAAAAACAAAACAUUGGUCAAUUACUUCACCAAUUCUGGUUUCUGGCGCAAGCAUCUGACUAUGUGGCAAAAAGAAAACGGUGUCAAAAAUGGUCUACAAACCCUUUGUGAAACAUGGUGGUACUCAAUGGGGAAGGUCUGCUUGGGUGUUCAAUUGCACGAAAUUGGCUUCCAAAAAUGCCUUGAACUGCUCCAAAACCAACAAGUGGACACACCCUUGAUGACGGAUGCAGUUGUCAAGGUCAUUGAGGAUCGAGAUCACUUCACUGCAAAUUAA